AUGAAAUUAACUUGUUACUGUAUUAUGUUUUUAUUUAUACAUAUAAUAAAAUAUGUUAGUUGUGAAGAGUAUAAAAUAAACAAAGAAGGAGAUAAUGGAAUACAUAAUAAGGAGGAAAUAAAAAAUGAAAAGUACGAUAAUACUAAUUAUGAAAAUAAGAAUAAUGAUAAUAAUAAAAAUAUUGAUAGUAAUAAUAGAGAAGACCAUAUAAUGAAAUUACUUCCAAUUCAAAAAGACAAAGAUAAUGAUAUCAUCGAUGAACAUAUAAACAAUAAAAUAAAUUAUUAUGAAAAGGAUAAUAUAAAAGAAGAGAUAAAACAUAAUACUGAAAAUAAUAAUAAUAAUAAUAUUUUUAUACAAGAAAAAGAUAAUAUACAACUUUUUGUUGAUAAAAAAAAACAUUUGGAAGAAAGAAAUCAAAAUGUCAUACAUGAAAAUAUGAAACAGGAGAAAGAUAAAAAUAAAGAAACACAAAAUGGAAAUGAUAUAGAUGAAAAUAAAAAGCAAAAAGAAAAAGAACAACAUACAAACCAACUAAUAGACAAUCGAAAUGAUCAAAUUCGUAAUGUGGAAAAAGAAGACGUACACAAUGGUUAUGAAAACGACGAGGCUGGUACACAUGAAGAGGAGGAAAAUAAAGAAGAUAAGAAGGAUACUGAACAAAAAGAUGAUAAUAAAGAAGAUAAGAAGGAUACUGAACAAAAAGAUGAUAAUAAAGAAGAUAAGAAGGAUACUGAACAAAAAGAUGAUAAUAAAGAAGAUAAGAAGGAUACUGAACAAAAAGAUGAUAAUAAAGAAGAUAAGAAGGAUACCGAACAAAUAGAUAAAAACAAAGAAGAUAAGAAAGAUACCGAACAAAUAGAUGAAAACAAAGAAGAUAAGAAGGAUAUCGAACAAAUAGAUAAAAACAAAGAAGAUACGAAAGAUACCGAACAAUUAGAUAAAAACAAAGAAGAUAAGAAAGAUACCGAACAAUUAGAUAAAAACAAAGAAGAUAAGAAAGAUACCGAACAAAUAGAUAAAAACAAAGAAGAUAAGAAAGAUACCGAACAAAUAGAUAAAAACAAAGAAGAUAAGAAAGAUAACGAACAAAUAGAUAAAAACAAAGAAGAUAAGAAAGAUAACGAACAAAUAGAUAAAAACAACGAAGAUACGAAGGCCCCUCACCAAAAAGAUGAUAAGAACGAUGGGGCGUCUUGUGAAGAAGAAAAGAGAGUCAUUAUGUCAGAAAUAAAAACCAUAAAAGAAGAUUUAGAUAAUUGUAAUAUAACAAAUAAGAAGGAUAAAAAUGAAUGUAUUGUAAAAGUCAAUGAGAGUGAAAGGAAAUUAAAUUUAUGUAAAGAGAAAGCACUUAAAUGUAAAGGACAAAUAAAAGGGAUACAUCAUAAGUGUGAUGAAAGGUUAGAUAGGAAAAAUAAAGAAAUGAUAAUAUUACAAGGAAUUAUAAAUAAAUUAGAGAAUAAAAUAGAUGAAGAUAAAAAGAAUGAUAAUAAAAAUUUCCAAGAUAAUAUAAAAGAAAGCGAAGGAAAGAAUAAAGAGAUUCCUUUAGAAAAUAAAAACACUAAAGAUAAUGUUAAAAGAAAUGAAAAAAAUGUACAUCAUGAAGAUUAUAGUAGUCAUCAUAAUAUAUAUAGACAAGAAGACAAUUAUUUAAUUUCAUAUGAAAUUUUAAAAAAUUAUUUUGAGAAAAUAUUUGAAAUAUAUAAAACAUUAUAUAUUAUAAUAGUAGAGAAAACGUUUCUAUCCAUUUUUGUUAAUAAUAUAUUAUAUACUAUAGAUUUAAUUGUAUUCUUAACAAAAAAAUGUAUAACAAGUAGUAUAGAUAUAAUAUAUAUAUGUUAUAGAUUUUUUGGACAUCAUUAUAUCAUAAAUUGUAUGAUUCAGUUAUUUGAAAAUAGUUUUUUAUAUAAUUAUUAUAAUUUUUUUAAAAGAAAAAUAAAUAAUAUAAAAAUAAUGUUAGAAAAUUGUUUCUCAACUUUAAUAAGUGAGAGUAAACCUAAAGUGAUGACAUUAAAAAAUAAUAUUCAAAAGAAUGUAGAUGUGUUUGUACAUAAAUUAAAUGAUAGUUCAGAAAAUUUAGUAAAUCAUAUUAAUACGAUAAAUCCACAUGUCAGAGGAAUUAUCCCUCCAAGUUUGUCGGAUAAAAUAAUACUCUUAAUAUUUUUUACUAUUGUAAAUAUAAUACAUUUAUAUAUAUUAUUUUGUUUAUUAUUUAUAUUAUACGAAUUUUUGAAAAGAGCUACAACAUUUACAAUAAAAUGGGGAUCAUUAAUAAUUCGCCAUAUUUAUUAUUUCAUCUUCUUUUUUCUCACCAUACCUGUAAGACCGUGUAUGAGGAAAAGAGCUGGAAAGGGACGUAGAGGAUAUAGAAGACACGACGAUUUUAUGUAUAACAGUGAUCGUAUGAAUAACUACGAAAGAGUAAAUAGUUUUGAUAGAAAGGGUAGCUACGACUAUAACAGAAAUGGUUAUGACGAGAAAGGUAGUUAUGAACGUAAUUAUAAUUAUGACAGAACCUAUGAUAGGAAUUAUGAUAGAACCUAUGAUAGGAAUUAUGAUAGAAAUUAUGAUAGGAAUUAUGAUAGAACCUAUGAUAGGAAUUAUGAUAGAACCUAUGAUAGGAAUUAUGAUAGGAAUUAUGAUAGAACCUAUGAUAGAACCUAUGAUAGAAAUUAUGAUAGAACCUAUGAUAGAAACUAUGAUCGUAAUAAUGAUCGUAAUAAUGAUCGUAAUAAUGAUCGUAUUAAUGAUCGUAUUAAUGAUCGUAUUAAUGAUCGUAAUAGUGAUCGUAUUAAUGAUCGUAUUAAUGAUCGUAAUAAUGAUCGUAAUAAUGAUCGUAAUCACGAUCGUAAUCAAGAUCGUACCCAUGAUCUUACAUAUAAUAAUAAUGAUGCAUAUGAAAAAUCUGAAGAAUUAACAAUGAAUAAUUCAGAAUUAAAAAAAAUGAAAACUUCAAAUAUACAUGAGAGAAAAUAUUGA